GACCUGCUGUCUCCGCCCAACGCGCGUGGCACCACUCGACAGUAUGGCGUCCGUCCCGCACCCGGCACUCUAGGGACAUAAUACAGUUUUAUUUUAGCCUUCCUCGACUCAACAAAACAUGUUCCUGAGAAGUUCCGUGCGGAGGCUUCCUAUCGGUGUUUUCCGCCGGGGCUACCACACCGAAAGAGGCGUUUACGGCUUCCGGCCCAAGAAGACCGAGAAGGAGGACAAGUUGCUCAGCGACCGAAUCACUACUUUAAAUCAAGAUCAUGGCCUGGCCCGGCUGGUGGAGGCGUACCGGGCACAUGGACACAAAGCGGCCAAAAUUAACCCCCUGUUGCCCCAAAAGCCGGUUGUUGACAGUGUGCCGGAGAUCAGCAUGCUCACCAGCAACCUCAGGGGACAGGUCAACACCUCAGGAUUGCGGCAUUUCGGUAAAACCGAAGCUUCCGUGGAGGAGGUGCGGGCCUACCUGGAGGAGGCCUACUGCGGCUGCCUGUCGGUGGAGACCAGCCAGCUGAGCAGCAUGGAGGAGAAGGAAUGGCUGGCGGACCACUUUGAGGAGCUGAAGAAGACCACUUUCUCCACAGAGGAGAGGAGGAACCUGGCGAAGAUCAUGCUGGAGUCCCAGGAAUUCGACCACUUUCUGGGCACCAAAUUUUCCACGGUGAAACGUUACGGGGGUGAAGGCGCGGAGAGCAUGAUGGGCUUCUUCUACGAGCUCUUCCACAGCUCGGCCCACAGCGGGAUCACCGACAUCGUCAUCGGCAUGCCGCACAGAGGCCGACUCAACCUCCUAACUGGCCUGCUCAAGUUCCCCCCAGAGCUGAUGUUCCGUAAAAUGCGCGGCCUGAGCGAGUUCCCUGACACGUCGCCGGCCAUCGGCGAUGUCCUCUCCCACCUCACGGCCUCCGUGGAGCUGGACUUUGGCGCCGGACGCCCUCUUCACGUGACCAUGCUGCCCAACCCGUCACACCUGGAGGCCAUCAACCCGGUGGCACAGGGCAAGGCGCGGGCCCGGCAGCAGCUCAGGAAAGAGGGCGACUACUCCCCCGACGAGGACGCCCAGCCCGGGGACCAAGUGGUCUGUCUGCAGGUCCAUGGCGACGGCUCUUUCCCCGGGCAGGGGAUCGUUCCAGAGACUCUGACCCUGUCCAACCUUCCUCACUAUCGAGUGGGAGGGAGCAUCCACCUCAUUGUGAACAACCAAGUGGGGUACACCACACCGUCGGAGAGAGGGAGAUCCUCUCUGUACUGCAGCGAUGUUGGCAAGAUGGUGAACUGCGCUGUGAUCCACGUCAACGGAGACAACGCCGAGGACGUCCUGCGGGCCAGUCGGCUGGCUUUGGCGUACCAGCGGCACUUCAGGAAAGACGUCAUCCUGGACCUGAUCUGCUACCGCCAGUGGGGGCACAAUGAAAUGGACGAGCCUUUUUUCACCAACCCGGCCAUGUACAAGAUCAUCCGGGCCCGCAAGAGUGUCCCCGACUCCUACUCGGAGCAGCUCAUCUCCGAGGGCUCGAUGACAAAAGCAGAGUGCGACCAGAUCAAAUCCAAGUACUUCAGCUCGCUCAACGACAAGCUGGCCAACAUGACCUUCUACAGCCCGCCCGCCACCAACCUGCAGGGCCGCUGGGGGGACCUGGUGGAGCCGCAGGCCCGGGUCACCAGCUGGGACACGGGUGUACCCGUCCCGCUGCUGCAGUACGUCGGAGCCAAGUCCGUGGACAUCCCCGAGCACAUCAAGCUCCACGGGCAUCUCGACAAGACCCACGCACAGGCUCGACUGCAAAAGCUGGAAGAGGGGUCCAAAAUAGACUGGUCCACAGCAGAGGCCUUGGCUUUUGGCUCUCUCCUUUGCCAAGGUUUCAACAUCCGUAUAAGUGGGCAGGACGUGGGUCGGGGCACGUUCAGCCAGCGGCACGCCAUGGUUGUCUGCCAAGACACCAACGACAUGUUCAUUCCUCUAAACCACAUCAGUCCUCAACAGCCGGGUCUCCUCGAGGUGUGUAACAGCCCGCUGUCUGAGGAGGCGGUGCUCGGGUUCGAGUACGGCAUGAGCAUCGCCCAGCCCAUGCUGCUGCCCAUAUGGGAGGCUCAGUUCGGAGAUUUCUUCAAUGGCGCUCAGAUCAUCUUUGACACGUUCAUUUCUGGAGGCGAGGCCAAGUGGCUGCUCCAAUGUGGGAUGGUGAUCCUGCUGCCCCACGGCUACGACGGCGCCGGACCGGAACAUUCCUCCUGUCGCAUGGAGCGCUUCCUGCAGAUGUGCGACAGCAAGGAGGAGGGCGUGGACGGCGACAAUGUCAACAUGGCUGUGGUCAACCCCACCACCUCCGCCCAGUACUUCCACCUGCUCCGGCGGCAGAUGAUCCGCAACUUCCGCAAGCCCCUCAUCGUCAUCGGACCCAAGAUGCUGCUGAGGUUUUCGGGGGCGGCGUCCAGCUUGAGCGAGAUGGCACCAGGACAGUCCUUCAGACCCGUUUUGGGAGACACCUCCGUCCCAGCCGAAAGUGUCCAGAAGGUGGUGCUGUGCUCAGGGAAACACUACUACGCCUUGCUGAAGCAGAGGGACGCUGCAGCCAAACAUGACACGGCGCUUGUUCGCUUGGAGGAGCUCUGUCCUUUCCCUCUGGACGCUCUGCAGGCAGAACUCCGGAAGUACCCCAACGCUAAAGAGUUCGUCUGGAGCCAGGAGGAGCCUCAGAACAUGGGCCCCUGGUCUUUCGUCAACCCCAGGUUUGAGAAGCAACUGGCCUGCAAGCUGCGGUUAGCGAGCCGACCCGCUCUGCCCGCUCCCGCCGUGGGCAUCGGCGCCAUCCAUCAGCAGCAGCAAGAGGCCCUACUCAACGCCACCUUCUCUUAGGACUAGAACACUUUAUUUUGAAAACAACUUUAGGUUGAUUAAACAGUUUGUGUUGUGUCACACUCGGGAGUCAACAAACGCUCCAUCGGAAGUAUCGCUCCGGUGAACACCCCCCCCCAAUAUUUAUAGUCAUUGAAGAAUCUGCAUACUUAACUGGAAGUGAUGCAAAGCGUCAUUUGAAGAAGUUUCUGACCUUUUAGAAAACUCUUAACACUGAGUUAGCCCGUGUUGUGUCAUAUUUAAUGUGCCUUGAUCCGGCACACAGAUAGUAGGUACUGGAUUAUUUUCAUGGCAGAACCGUGUUCAUGGUGCUCAAGGGCAAAUGCAAAUGAACCCAAUCAAAGUAUUUAAAGAGAAAUAAAUCUAUUUUCAUGCUUC